AUGACGGGUUCCACAAGCACCACAAACCAACCUGCAAGCCAUGAUGGCCGAGGCAUUGACGAGAUACGUCGAGUCAUCAACAUAUUAGACGAAGCCGGAAUCAUAUGCUGUGUAAUGGGUGGCAAGGCAUUGGUUUACUAUGGAGUGCCCCGCCCCUUUGCUGACUGGCAUAUAUGCGUGCCAACGGACAAGUUCUCAGAAGCUAUUGCUGUCUUUGCACGUCUUCACGAUGAAUACGAGCCUGCCGACAAGAUCUUACCACAACUGAGGUCGCUGCUGCACACGUACCCGCGACUCAAACCCAAGGGCAUCGACAUGGCUUUCUAUAUCAUGCCAGCGUCUGAACACUUCACCGAAGAUUUCGAUGAGACCAUGAUGGAGCGUAGCCGGAAUCAUAUACCCUAUCCCAAGCUGGAGUAUUUCGCACAAAGUCUAGUGAGGAACCAAAGCUGGCCUGAGCUGUGCCAUCUGGUCGAUGGCAUGGACUUGACGGAGGACUGGGGCUAUGAGAAUCUCUACCUGGGCGAGGCUGACGGGAAGGAGAUUGAUUUCAUCGCGAACAAGAACAAGAAGAUUAUGGCAUCCUACGGAGACUUUCCCAAUCUGAAUCCCGUUCUGGCGACACUCUCACCCAAGCCAAAGGACCGGCGCAAGAAGUGGAAGAGAAUAGUGGGGGAGAAAGAACGAAUGGAUCACAAGAUCCUAGGUUACGUGAAGACAGGGCCGUAUGAGUUGGUGCUGAAUUUGACAAUAGUACACAACACAGCACACCAAAAGUCAAGCUCCGCGGCCGCCGCUGGCACCAAGCCUUCUGCAGAUGCAAAGUACAAGAUCAUAGACAGGGUCGCCAAUUUCAAGGAGACCGAGGCACAGCGGCCGGAUUUUGACUACAGCAAUGGCCCUAUUCCCGUGACCAAGUCGCCGAACCCGAACUGGGAAUACGGCUCCGGCGUAAGCCAGGAUGCGACGGCCAGAGACGCCGCGCACCGGGAGAUCGACCCGUACGCCGCCGAUCGGCCGAUGGUCAGCAACUAUCGGCUGCUGGUGUCGGGGAUCGCGCCCCGGCCGGUAGGGUUCCUCAGCACGGUGUCGGCGGACGGGCAGAGCAAGAACCUGGCGCCGUUCAGCUACUUCCAGGUCAUCGACCACGACCCGCCCAUGUUCGUCGUGGGGUUCUCGGCGCGGCCGGGCCGCGUCAAGGACACGUACCGCAACCUCGCCGAGACGGGCGAGUGCGUGAUCAAUACCGUGUCCGAGAACAUGAUCGAGGCGGUCAAUGCGACCUCCAUGGACGCUCCGUAUGGGGUUUCGGAGUGGGAAAUCGCGGGGCUGCACGAGGCGCCGACCUCUACGGUGAGGCCGUCGCGGGUGCGCGAGUCCGUAUUCUCCGUCGAGGGCAAGGCCGUCGACAUCAAGGAGUUCAACGACCAUGCCCGAGACGGGAUGAGUGUCGCGUCCUUGGUGCUCAUCAAGGCGACGCGGUUCUGGGUCCGCGAGGAUGCGACGAAUGCCGAUGUCAGCCAUAUUGAUCUCAACAAGCUACGGCCCAUUGCGCAGCUGGGCGGCAUGGCGUAUGGACGUAUAUCAUCGACUUUUGACUUGCCGCGGCCCAGAUGGAAUGACGAAUAA